CUCACUUUAUCACUACUCGCUAUAGAGCCCGGGUCAAGUGCUCUCCAUCUCUCUAUGUCUCAGUUUCCUCAUCUGUAACUUCAAAUGAAUAAUGACACCAACCUCCCAGGCUUCUUAAGAGGAUUAACAAAGACAACAUAUGGGAAAAAUGUAACAUGGUGUCGCAUAAUUAUUAGAUCUUAUUAUUGACACUAAAAUUGCAUUAAAGUUAGCAAAAGAAAAACAGCAUUUUUUUCCUCUUUGGUCCCGAGCUGCCUCUCGUUAAAGGGAACACUGGUUGCCUGAACAGUCGUACUUGCAACCAUGAUGCCUAAACAUUGCUUUCUAGGCUUCCUCGUCAGUUUCUUCCUGACUGGUGUAGCAGGCACUCAGCCAGCCCAUGAGUCUCUGAAGCCUCAGAGGGUACGAUUUCAGUCCCGAAAUUUUCACAACAUUUUGCAAUGGCAGCCCGGGAGGGCACUUACCGGCAACAGCAGUGUGUAUUUUGUGCAGUACAAAAUGUAUGGACAGAGACAAUGGAAAAAUAAAGAGGACUGUUGGGGUAUUCAAGAACUCUUUUGUGACCUUACCAAUGAAACCUCAGACAUACAGGAACCUUAUUACGGGAGAGUGAAGGCGGCCUCAGCUGGGAGCUACUCAGACUGGAGCCUGACGCCACGGUUCACUCCCUGGUGGGAAACAAAAAUAGAUCCUCCAGUUAUGAAUAUAACCCAAGUCAAUGGAUCGUUGUUGGUAAUUCUCCAUGCUCCAAAUUUACCAUAUAGAUAUCAAAAGGAAAAAACUGUAUCUAUAGAAGAUUACUAUGCAUUAGUAUACCGAGUUUUUAUAAUAAACAAUUCACUAGAAAAGGAGAAAAAGGUUUAUGAAGGGACUCACAGAGUUGUUGAAAUUGAAGCUCUAACACCACACUCCAGCUACUGUGUCGUGGCUGAAAUAUAUCAGCCCAUGUUAAACAGAAGUCAGAGAAGUGAAGAGAGAUGUGUGGAAACUCCAUGACUUGUGGGCAUUCAACAAUGUGGAAAUGCUCAAACUCCCUGAGAAUGGGAUGACUCAUGUUUGAAGGAUCUUAUUUAAAGUUGUUUUUGUGUUUUCUUAAAGCAAUAUUCACUGUUAACACCUUUGGGACUUCUUUGUUUAUCCAUUCUUUCAUCCUUUCUAUUUCAUUUAUAAACUAUAUUUGAGUAACAGUCUCUCCAAAAAUCAAAAUUUAAAAGACGCGGCAGAGAAUAAAGGGUUCUAUGAAAUUCAGAACUUUAUUUCUGAAUGUAACAUCCCUAAUAACAACUUUCAUUCUUCUAAGACAGUAAAAUAAAAAUUUAACAACCAAGGAAUAGUAUUUAAGAAAAUGUUGAAAUAAUUUUUUGAAAAUAGCAUUACAGACUGAG